GCCGGCUUCCUAUUGGCUGCCGAGCAGAAAGGCUUCGAGGUGAUGGAGCUGCGAGGAGACGACCCCCGAUUGGCCAGUCUGGACACCCUAUCAGGAAACCAGAUCCCGCUCCACUUCCUGCUCCGCCUCCACGGCCACAUCAUACAGGUGGUGUUCCUGUACGAGCGCAGCGGGAACUAUCUCUGGCACGGAGCGCUCCGUCUGAAACCUGAAAUGGAUCGACGCUUCGCUCCGUUCAAACUGCUCGACUACGGACGACACGCCGGAGCCUACGACAGGCCGGAGCUCGUCCUCACGGUCCUCGACGGCCUCGAUGUUCGAAUUCCUCGAAACGUUUCCCGUUUUCUCUCCGAACAAAAACACGCUCGCUUCCUGGAGUGCCGACACCGAGACGCUCGGAACUUCCUGCAGCUCUAUCCCGACGACUCCUCUCCGGAGGCCGUGGAGUUUCGGAGGAAAGUGAAGUCGCUGCUUCAUCUGGCGGCGCGGACGUUAGCUCCCCUCAACAUCCCCUUCUGGCUGAGCAGCGGCACCUGCCUGGGCUGGUUCAGGCAGUGCAGCGUGAUCUCGUACAGUCGGGACGUGGAUAUCGGGAUCUUUAUCGCAGACUUCAGGCCGGAUAUCAUCGCAGCGUUCAGGACCGCCGGGCUGUCGCUCAAACACAAGUUCGGGAAGGUGGAGGACAGUCUGGAGCUCUCCUUUCUGAGUGAAGACGUCAAACUGGACGUUUUCUUUUUCUACGAGGACGGAGACAUCGUGUGGAACGGAGGAACGCAGGCGAGGAGCGGCAGGAAGUUCAAGUACGUGUUCCCGGGCUUCUCUCUCUGUUGGGCGGAGCUUCUGGAUCUGAAGGUGCGCGUUCCCUGUGAAACGCUCGACUAUCUGAGCGCUAACUACGGCCCGAUGUGGAGCGUCCCGCUGCGGAGCUGGGACUGGAAGACGUCUCCAAGCAACGUGCAGGAGAACGGGGCGUGGCCUGUAGCCGAGUGGGCGGAGCUUAUCCAAGUUUAUUAAAACUACAAAUAAAGACAACUGUAGUUUUUUUAUUCUGAAAACGUUCUGCAGACGAACACACUGGUUGUUCCAUCAUCAUCAUCAUCAUAUUAAUAAAGACAUGCAGGAGAACGGGGCGUGGCCUGUCGCGGAGUGGGCGGAGCUUAUCCAAGUUUAUUAAAACUACAAAUGAAGAAAACAUUUGUAGUUUUUUUUAUUCUGAAAUCUUUCUGCCGACGCCCGCUGGCUGUCACAUCUUCAUCAUCAUAUUAAUAAAUAAUGAUAACUCACUGAGAACUGACAGCAUGUUUAUCAUGUUAACUAAGUUCCAGUCAUUUGUUAAAGUCAUCAUUUUGAAAAGCGUAAUGUUUUAAUGUCUGCGUGUUUUAAAUGCUAUCACAAUAAAGAGGAUGAGGUGAAACGUGUGUGCAGAUAUUAGGUUUGAAUGGCCGUCCUCUCUGUUUCUCAUCCACUGACGAUCCACUCUAUAAUUAAGCAAGAUCUCAUCAUUUCAUCGUCUGAACUAUUGUUGGUUCCAACAUCAAAAAGUGAAAUAGUUUUUAUAAAACCACCUGAGUUCAUUUCAGAGACCUCUCACUGUUCGUGUUUUCAUCUGUUUGUUUUACAAACCGUUUGUGAUCAAUUAUUUUUUGUAACUAAAUAAAAUCUUUUCAUCACU